AAAGAAAGGCGAAUGACAAAUCGUUAAGAAGAAGCAUUCUAACCUUACAGCAUUGAUUUUACGCCAGCGUAUUUUGCGAAAAAGUUUGUGAAAAUGUUCCAAAACAGCGCUGCCCGCCUCCUGGUCCCCGCUAUGCGUAGCGCCAUGCAGAGCCGUUGCCAGUCGGUCGUCUCUGGACCUCCGACCCAGCGCAUCUCCACCGCCGAGAAGGUGAUCCUCGGCGGCGGCAUGUGCGCUGCAUCCUUGUUCAUUCCCGCCUGGGUGCUCUACCACAUCCGGGACUACAAGGGCGACAAGUAAUCUGCAUACGAGACCACACAUAGUUAAUACGCUUGUAAAGUAGAGAGCAUCAAUAUAUCAAUAGUGCCCCUGUUACGGGGAAAUAAACUAUAGUGCAUUGAGCCACAAACUGAUUUUAUUAUUUAUCUAUGGUCCAGCUGUAAAUAAACGUGUGUCUGAUAUAUGGUACUGACAUUGUAUAAAACGCAGUAUGCCAGGUGUAAAGUGGACUCU